CUCCGUACAUUCUAUCCAUCUAUCUAUCUAUAUGGGUUUCUGUUUUAUUAUCUUUCCUGUUUCUUCUUCAAUGCCCCACCCUUGUUUUUGUUUUGGCGAAAUGGAAAUAAUGCUAACGAUUUUGUGUUAUCACCAUUGAUUUGUUGUUAACUAUAAAAACCGUAGGGAUUCACAUGGGUUUUGGGUUUCUUGUCCACGACAGGGAAAGUGAAAGUAAACCAAUGAAGGGACUGACUAGUCUUGAGGAAAUUCAAUGUGGGUGUUCUUGAAAAUGUCAAUGUGCAAAAUAAUGUUCUUUACUGGAUGACUUGGGUGGUUUUUGUUUUGUGGGACUUUCAUUUUCCUCGGAAGUUUGGUGGUCGAAUAUGAGAAGGUGGUAUAUACAUAUGGGUACUUGAGUUUUCAAAUUCAUUUGCACGGAAGUUAUUAUGAACAAUGGGAAGCUAGGUGGUUUGGACAAAAUUGAGUACUAGAUUUGUCUAAGGUACAUAAAAGAGCAGGCUACGGUCCAUUUAGAGGGAUGAUGAAGUCUGCUGGACAUACUUUAUUUGCUUCUUUAACUCCUGUUCGUUCUGUUAUCCUGAAAAACCAUGGCAGAUUUUCUUCAAACUUCAUUUAUAGAUAUCCUACCAAAUCAAGGAAAUUACAUCACUACCAUCACAAGUGCAAGUCUCAUAAAGAGUCCAUAAUGGUUGCCACCCGGUACCCACCCCCUUGGUUCAGUAUAGCUCCAAUGAUGGACUACACAGACAACCACUUCCGAACUUUGGCUCGCCUCAUUUCAAAGCAUGCUUGGUUGUACACAGAAAUGAUUGCUGCAGAAACAAUAGUAUAUCAGAAGGGAAACUUGGAUAGAUUCUUGGCAUUUGGUCCGGAGCAACAUCCUAUAGUGCUUCAGAUUGGGGGAAGUGACUUGGAGAACAUUGCUAAAGCAACUCAACUUGCAAAUUCUUAUGGCUAUGAUGAGAUAAAUUUCAACUGUGGAUGUCCAAGUCCAAAAGUUGCUGGAAAAGGGUGCUUUGGGGUGCGCCUUAUGCUUGAUCCAAAGUUUGUCGCCGAUGCUAUGUCAGUAAUUUCAGCAAAUACUGAUGUUCCCGUCACUGUGAAGUGUCGAAUCGGUGUCGAUGAUCAUGAUUCAUAUAAUGAGCUGUGUGAUUUUAUUUAUAAGGUCUCAUCUCAAUCACCGACAAAGCAUUUCAUAAUACACUCCAGAAAGGCGUUACUUAAUGGAAUCAGCCCCAAAGAAAAUAGAUCAAUUCCGCCCUUGAAAUAUGAGUACUACUAUGCUCUUGUGCGGGAUUUUCCUGAUUUACGAUUCACCAUUAAUGGAGGCAUAAACACCAUUGAUGAGGUGAACGCAGCAAUAAGAGAAGGAGCUCAUGGUGUUAUGGUUGGUCGUGCAGCUUACAAUAAUUCAUGGAAUCUUUUGGGACAUGUUGACAGUGCAAUAUAUGGUGCACCUCUGAGCAGUCUAACUCGGCGACAGGUCCUUGAAAAGUACCAGGAAUAUGGUGAUUCAGUCUUGGGACUAUAUGGGCCUAAACCAAAUGUUCGCGACGUUAUAAAACCUUUGCUUGGUUUUUUCCAUUCAGAGCCUGGAAAUGGUCUAUGGAAGCGCAAAGCUGAUGCUGCUUUCCUCCACUGCACGACGAUCAAAUCCUUCUUCGAGGAGACCCUGGUGGCAAUUCCUGAUUCAGUGUUGGAUUCACCUAUUACUGCAGCACCGAUAGGUUUUACAGAUGUAUUUGCCGAUGCCAAGAGGCUGCUACCUCCUCCACAUACAGUAAGAGAGGAAGAACUGUUGUACGCAUAGUUUGACACAGAUUUUUGUUCCAACACAUAUAGAGGAAAGAGCAGGUUGACUCCAUUAAGCAGAAUAUACACAAUUAUUUGUAGUGAACUAUUAGUAUAUUUUCCUAGUAAAAGUAUAUGUUUUACGGAUUGUAAUUGGAUGGGAUCUUUGAGCGUUACUGAAAUUUCAUUGAGUAACUAUUUUUGAUUUAUUUUUUCAA